CAUUUGAUAGUUUUUAGGUGAUAUUUCUCGUGAUCGAACGUUUCCAAAAGGUACUGUUAGACAUACAAAGCAGCACUGCAAAAAUGAUCUUAACUCUGUUUCACGGAUUCUUCCAGCUAAUCCGUUUUGCACUCAAUUUUGGCACUCCAACAAAAGAAAUGAGGGAUAUCGAUGAACUUUGUCGCCAGUUAGAAGUGUUGCAACUUGACUUUUCCAAUGCAGAGACAGUAUCCUCAGCUUGUGUUUAUCUAGCUGAUCCCCAUAAACUGCCACGACCGGCUAAGGAUGCUAGUGAUAAUACUCGCAGAAGAGAAUCAAAUGCGGAUAGUGGAAUAUCGCAGUAUUAUUUCCAUCAUGAAGGAAUUAAUGAGCAGGAUCAGUUAGACGAGCAGUAUGAAGUGGAUGACAUGAGUAUUUCGUCUGAUUCUGAUUUUGAGGAAACUCUUCAAAAUCAUUUUCAAUAUACUCCGAGGUCUAAAUCUGGUGAGAAAGUCGAGGAGAAUGAUGGCACUUCUAUUGAUUCUGCUCCUUUAUCGAAGCAAUGGAAUGUGAAUAGCACAACCUCACUGUCACCCGCUUUUACGGAAGGUUGCAAACCCAAUGCAAGUUCUUCUGGUGAAGGAAAUUUCAGACUACGAAAUGUUACUGAAAAUGUCACCAUUGGCAGUAGCAAAAGUCCGAACAGUGAACGAAGGAAACGGCGAAUAACUGAUAAUUACUUUGGUGAAAAUAGUCCCGUCGAACAAUUCUGCAGUAGUUCGUUUGUAGCCAGUACUCCAUUAUCAACGAAACCUGAUGGUGAACGUCGGCGUCGGCUCGCUAUGCUGAAUAGCGCUGUAAGGACUAAAGUGCGUCAGUUGAAAAAACGAACCUUACUAAAUUUGUCUGGAGACAGCAUCGACUCGGGGAAUACUACUAGUUCAAGAGAUGAAACAACAAGGCGCGAACAAGGUGCUAUUGCUAAGCACAUUGCCCGUAUUCGAGCAUCUAAUUCAAGACAUGGCUCGAGUUUGCCAUCAUUCAACAAUACAAGUUACUACAGUAUGCGCACAUCAUUCGGCAGCAACGGUAGCACCAGCUUCAGUUGAGUGGGAAAAUGUUGUCACCCUUAUGUUGUAAAGUGAGCUUUAAUCGAGCUUUAACCUCGGUUCCAGUAGGCACGAAAGAUGAAAAUAUCACUUUAAAACAUAGCUAAACUCUUGGAAAACAACUCAGUUUCCGAUGUUUGAAGCCUCUCG